AUGCAGCAUCUCUCGAAGGACUACGGAAUAAGAAAACCACUAGUGAAUAAUGUCACCGACGACGGAAUUGGACCACCAAAGACGAUCGAGGAAUUUUACCAUUUCCCAGAACGAAAAGGAUGGUAUGUCGACGACAACAACUUCAAGCUCCGUGUUCUCUCCACCCCCCAAGAAGCCUAUUAUGAUGGCAUCUCUCAGAAAGAGUUUGAGCCCAACCUGAGGCGGUUUCUUCAAGCAUGGCUUCUUUUCGGCUUGAUAUUCACUGUUGUUCAAAAGGACAACCGACCUCUGAUGAAGUACGACGACCUGGUAAAGGAGACGUACAUCACGACCAAAGGUCUCCGAAGGAACCCGGAGGAGUGGGCUGCAUGGGAGAAUACCCGCCCACCAGGCCAGCGUCUGAGGAUGAUACGUCUGGAGGCAGUCCUACAAUUUGCCAGGCGGGUUGUUCGAGCGAACCUCGCGUGCUUUGACACCAAGACGCCGCCUCCCGGCUAUUCCACUCAUGCCAAUGAUGCUCUGUACGUCCCUGACUCGGAAAUCUUGUCCAUAAUGAUACUGGGUGAAACACUUCACGACGUCAAAUCGAGAAUCGCACAGAAGGCAGGAAUAGAAAUGCGUGGAUGGGAAAAUGAGGACGAUAGUGGGUGGGGCCCCCCAAGGUGGGUGUUGAAGGAGAUGGCGGACAUGCGGGUCUGCCCGAGAACCAUCGGCGUCCUUCGUGGGCAAUUACGGUCAAAUGCAACCCUCUUGUUGGUAGCAUGGCAGAGCACGUGGAGGGUAGCCUUCAGCAUCAACGAUGCGGCAGACCACGACAAGUGUUCAGCUACCACUUGCCUCGUCACUCCGGAAACCGAAGCCGGCGCCUACUCCCAGAAACACUGCGAAAAAUUCUGUCCAAACCAAUACUCUUCGGGAAAGUGCGUUCAAUCUUCGGAAGCAUUAAUCCGGCGUGCCAUGGGCAUGAUCACUCGUGAUGAGAACAAACGACCACUGCUUCAGUUCAAGAACCCCCGCGACGAAUCUCUCGACUUGCUCGACCUCGACGUGGUCGAAUGGCAACCAUCAAUGGAAUACGCAGCAAUCUCGCAUGUAUGGUCAGACGGAUUUGGAAAUCCCGAGGCCAAUACAAUGCUGGUUUGCCAACUGAGGCUCAUCCGGGAUCUACUUCGCAAGCUCAAGCCGAAAUCCAAAAGUACAACAAUCCCCUUCUGGAUGGACACGCUCAUGAUUCCUGUGGGCAGGGAUGCAGAGACCAGAGAUAUGAGACGCAAAAGUAUCCGACAGAUACCCAAGAUUUUCAAGGGCGCUUCGCACACGAUUGUGCUCGACUGGGGCCUGCAUAGUAUCGAUCCCGAAGUCCAAAACCCUGCUCAGACAGCUAUGAGAAUCAUUGCUAGCAGCUGGAUGAGGCGCCUUUGGACGCUUCAGGAGGCAUUUGUGAGCAAGAGGCUUUAUAUUUCGAUGGGAGAAGAUUCUGAGACUUUGCAUGACUUGGAUGACCUGUACAAGAAACUCGAAGAAAAAACAGAGGGGCUCACGCUAACUCUUAUCACAACAUUGAAGAACCAGCUUCAGAGCCACUUCAUGCACGGGCAAACAAGUUCCAGUAAGCACAUGAAGUCAGACUCAAAGGUCGAAAAGGUCAUCGGAGAGACUCAGUGGUCCCCCAGAGAUGCUUCUGUGGUUGUCAUUAAUGCUUGGAAGGCAGUGCGCUGGAGGGUGGCCUAUUGGAAGGCAAGGGAAAUACCUCCGUCGUUGAGAGAGAUGAUCAAGCCGAACCUGAUAGAGCUCCAGGCAUUCUACUUCCAAGCGAAAACGAUGGCGAAAUCUGCAUAG